AUGUUUCAGGACGAGUUGCAGCUGCUGCGCGGUUCUCCGGCGCGUCCGGGACAGCUGGAGAGGUUGGAACGUCUUCUCUGCGAGAGUCAUGAUGUGCAACUUGACCAGCCGCAGCUGGCUAUGGAUAUCCUGCGUUGCUACCAGGAUAUCUGGCUGAACCUUCCCGAGUCUGUACGAGACGGACGAGAUUCGAGCAUGAACCAGAUCCUCGAACGCAUCCAGCACCGGAUGAAGCAGAAUAUGCCUUCCUUCUCGGACCUACUCCCUAAUGACCCUUCACGACCAGCCCUCAUUUGCCCGCAGUCUAACCAUCAUAUCUCGUACGCGAAACUACAAGAGUUCAUUCGCACGUUCAACCUCGGCCUAGCAUGCCCCUCGCAAGGAAGACCGCGUGUCGCAGUCAUGCUCCCCAAUGGCCCGAUUCUCGCGCUCGCGGUUCUAGCCAUCGCAAACCGAUACACCAUGAUUCCGAUGGCGCGGACCGUGGCACCCGAUCAACUGCGCGCAGACGUCGAAGCUGUAAACGCAGACGCGAUUCUGAUGCUCGAGGCCGAUGCGCCGAAAGUCCAGCUCGAUUCGAUUCUUCCUGUUUUUAUCGUCCAUCCGCAGCCGGACCUCACCUUCACCGUGUCGUCGACGAGACCCAAGACCUUGACGCCCGAAGUUACACCGGAGAACAACAAAGCAGACGACGUGGCUGUCCUCCUGUUUACGAGUGGGACGAGCGGGAAGAAGAAACUCGUUCCCAUCACGGCGUACAAUCUGUUCGCUGGCGCGGUGUUUACCAUGGAUAGUGUGGCGCUCAAUUCGUCGUCUCGCUGUCUCAAUAUGAUGCCGUUGCACCACAUCGGCGGCAUGGUCCGCAGCCUCUACGCCCCCAUCCUCGCUGGCGGCACAACAAUCUGCUGCGCCUCCUUCGACCCCAGUCUAUUCUGGGACGUCGUCGAAGCGCACGAUCCCACCUGGUACUACGCAACACCUACAAUGCACCAAAUGAUCCUCGCCGAGUCAACCCACCGCCCCGACGCCCUGCGCACCUCCCGAAUCCAAUUCAUCAUCAACGCCGGCGGCGGUCUCCCCGCUACACUCGCCGUCCAGCUCCGCGAGGUGUUUCAGUGCACCGUCUUCCUACUUGAGCGCGAGGGGACGUCGGGAAGACCCGUUGGACCCGAUGUGGCGAUUCUCGACGGGUCGGUCCCGGCGCAGCGCGUCGCCCCGGGAGUCACCGGAAGGAUCUGUGUGCGGGGGUUUCCUGUUUUCCCGGGGUAUCUCACGCCCGAGGGGAGUAUUAAUACAGAUGCCUUUGAGGCAGGCGGGUGGUUCGAUACGGGUGAUUUGGGAUGUCUUGAUGAGGACGGAUACCUGUUUAUCACGGGCCGGAGCAAAGAGGUUAUCAACCGCGGCGGAGAAAUCAUCUCGCCGAUUGAGGUUGAGAAUGCCAUUCUUUCUGCGGCAAGGGAUCCGGCUUCGAUUCUGUAUGGGCGGGUCAGCGAAACGCUGGCGUUUUCAGCGCCUCAUGAUGUCCUCCAGGAGGUUGUUGGCGCUGUUAUUGUUACUGCACCUGGAUGCAGCAGGCCCGAUCUGAGGCAGAUGCACGAGGCGCUCGGAGAGAGGCUGCAUCAGCCCAAGUGGCCUGCUCUGCUUGUGUACAUGGACGAGGGGGUGCCAAAGUCGAAUAACAAGUUGCAGCGCAUUCGGUUGGGCCAGAGGUUGGGGCUCGAGACCUUGACUGAUGCUACGCCUGUUGCGGAGAGGCAUUUUCAGGCAAAGAGUCCUCCUGCGGGGACUCCGUUGACGGUGUCUAUUCCGCAUACCAUGUGCUGGGUAGAUGGGUCUCAAGCUCAGCAUCAUAUCGUGGAGGCAGCAGGCAUUCCAGACGUCGUGAUGCGCCACAACCCCGUCGAUGGCUUCCUCCAGGCCGUCUUCUUCAACGCACCCGAAACAAAACCAACCGUCACUGACCUCGCCCAAUCUCUCCGCCCGGUGGUCCACGGCUACCUCAUCCCCAGUAGCAUCAAAUACCUCGACGGCGCAAUCCCCCUAGAUCUACACGGGAACAUCGACGAAAAAGCCGUCGACGAAGCCCUCCGCAACCUAAGCACAUCCGCCACAGACUCUUCGACAACGGAGUACCGCGUCCGCGAACUCUUCGCGCAAGCCCUCAACCAGUCCGUCGACGACAUCACCGCAGACACAGACUUCUUCGCCGCGGGCGGCGACAGCCUCAGUGCAGGCCGACUCAUCUCGACGCUGCGGCGCGAAUUCGAGAUACGGCUUUCGGGCGACGUACUCUUUAUUCAUAGUACCGUCGCGGACAUCACGGGGAUUGUUGACGACGCAUGUGCGAAGAAUUCUAGCACUGAGAAGAAGGCCUCUGCGGAUGACUUACCGGGGUGUCGCGAGACGAGGAGCUCGACGAAUCCAAUCGUUCUGAUGAUCCAGCUUAUCCCCAUGCUCGUGUUCUUUCCCUUGCGGGUGGGCAUGCAGUGGACGAUUUUUGUUUUCGUCAUGGGUGAGACGGCGAGGAGGUUCCCGCCUGAUGAUGAGCUAUUCGGGCGACUGGUGCAUAUCGUUUUGGUUGGACUGGCCUCUAGACUGGCCAUUGGGAUUAUUGCGCCUCUUGCGGCGAUUCUCUUCAAGUGGAUUGUCAUGGGCAGGUAUCGUGCAGGGCUGUAUCCCAUGUGGGGAUCGUACCAUACGCGCUGGUGGUUGACGCAAAAGGCGAUACGUGUUGCUGGAAAGGGCGUCUUCAACUACUUUGACAGCACGCGAAUGAUGUACUACCGCCUGCUGGGCGCCCACAUCGGCCGCAACGUCCGGAUCCACGAACACGCCUCGCUGGGCGAAUACGACCUGCUCCACUUGGCCGACAACGUAGUGCUCGAAAACUGCAUCAUCCGCCCAUUCGCCGUCGAACGCAAUACAUCGAUGCUCCUCGCGCCCAUCCACAUUGGCGCAGGCUCAGAAAUCGGCCUGCGCACCGUCGUCGCGCCCGGCGCCACCCUCCCCCCGAAUACAUGUCUUGGACCGAACUCGUCGAGCUGGGAAAUCAAAGGAGGCGCGGACGAGUCGAACCGCGAGCUGAACUCGGCGGCCAUCCCAACCCCGCACUGGAUCUGGUCUCUCCUCGUCAUCGAGCCCCUGGCCCUGCUCGCCGGCUUCGCGUAUCGCCUCCCCUGGCUCGCAGGCCUGAUCCCCAUCGUCAUGCACUACCCGCUCGCAGGCACCGACAUGCUCCGCGUCAUCGUCUUCUGGUUCACGAACCCCGCCCGAAUCGGCUGGCACAUUCUCGCGCGCAUCUACUACGCCGUCGCGGGGCCCAUCGUCUGGUUCCUCGCGAUCCUGCUCAUAAAAUCCGUGCUGGACAUCACCUGCGGCCGGUCUCAACCGGGCCCCGCGAGUAAAAUGUCCCUGCGCCAGAAAGUCCGCCAGGCUGCGCUCUUCAAGCUCCUCCCCGGCGGGAGUCUCGCGCCGCUUACGAGAUUGAUUGGGAAACACUACGAGCUUGUCUCGAUCGCUAUCCGGCUGCUCGGCGGCCGCGUUGGGAAACGUAUCUACUGGCCGAGUGUGGGACCGGGGAUCCAGGAUUUCGACCUCGUCGAGGUCGGGAAUGAUGUUGUUUUCGGGUCCCGCUCGCAUCUUGUUACGAGUGAUGGGAGUGGGAGGGAGAGGGUGGUCUUGUCCGACGGGGCGAUGCUGGGUGAUCGUGCUGUGGUUCUUCCGGGCGUUACGGUUGGUGAGAUGGCCAUGGUUGGUUCGGGGUCGUUACUUCGACGGAAUGGCUUCUACCCGCCUGAUACAGUCUGGACAGGGAGCCGCAAUGGGAACGCGAUUCAGUUCCCGACCAUCACGGCGCACGUGGAUAAGGAGAAGCACGCAAUGAGCUCUUCCUCAUCUUCCUCCGGUGAAGACGAGAAGAAGGGCGCGGGCCGCGACACAACGCGCCCCUUCGGCCGCGCCUUCUACCAGGGCCUCGCCACCUUCCCCGUCAUCGGCAUCCCCGGAAUCGUCUGCUACUCCACGGCAAUGGUCAUCAUCGGCACAGUCUGGCGGCUGCUAGGCGUGCUCGCAGGCCUCCUCGUCCUCGCACACGCCCUGCGCUCCGAAUACCGCGCCUUCGACCGCGAAUGGUGGCAGCCGUUUAGCGUGUACGGGCUCUUCUGCGCGGUGGUGAGCGCCGUCAGUUUCGCACAAACACUCAUCGGCGUCGCGGUCGUCAUCGCCACGAAAUGGGCCGUCAUGGGCCGCCGCACCGAAGGUGCAUACCACUGGGACCGGAGCAGCUACAACCAGCGCUGGCAGUUCUUCCUCACCGUCGAGACGCUCAUCAAGGAUAGCUAUCGCGGGAUCGGUGUCCUGCCCAUGCUCAGUGGGACCGCGUACCUGUCGCUGUACUACCGCCUCAUGGGCGCGAGCAUUGGUCCCCACUGCGCACUGCUGGCAAACGGCGAGCCGAACAUCCUCCUCACGGAGCCCGAUAUGGUUACGCUCGGCGAGCGGGUUGCAGUCGACGACGCGAGUCUCGUCUGUCAUCUGAACACCCGUGGGGAAUUCGAGCUGCAUCCGCUGAGUGUUGGGGAUCGGAGUAUUUUGAGGACAGGGUCGAGGUUGAUGUCGGGGAGUGCGAUGGGGAAGGAUGCGAGUCUCCUUGAGCAUACGCUUGUUCUCUCGGGGGAUUAUGUCGAUGAUGGGUGUGCGAUGCAGGGGUGGCCGGCUGAGCCGUUUGAUGGGAAGAGGGUUUGA